GAAUUAAUGGUUCGAGGAAAGGUAGAGAUGAAGAGGAUUGAGAAUGCAGCAAGCCGGCAAGUGACUUUCUCUAAACGGAGAAAUGGAGUUAUGAAGAAAGCUUAUGAACUAUCAGUUCUUUGUGAUGCUCAAGUUGCUCUUAUUAUUUUCUCUCAAAAGGGAAAACUUUUUCAAUUCUCAAGCUCCAGCAUGCAAAAGACAAUUGACAGAUAUCGUGAAUAUACAAAAGAAACGUUGAUCAACAUUAACACUUUUGAAGUGGAACAACACAUGGAGCAAUUGAAGGAAGAAACAGCAAACAUUGCAAAGAAGAUAGAGAUCCUUGAAAUUUCCAAACGGAAGCUUUUGGGGCAAGGCAUUGGAUCAUGUUCAAUGAAUGAACUUCAAGAGAUCGACAACCAGCUGGAGAGAAGCUUGAAGAUCAUCAGGGCGAGAAAGUCUCAAUUAUUCAAGGAAGAAAUACAACGGCUAAAAGACAGGGAGAGACUACUGCGUGAAGAAAAUGCAAGGUUAUCUGAAAAGUGUGGACGAGUAAGGCCGGCAACAUUAGAACUACCGGUUGAGUUAACACGAGCAGCCCAACUGACAGAAAAGGACAAGUGUAGCCGGGUGGAGACUGACUUGAAUAUUGGCAUUCCAAACAUUGGUUGGUCGUAGAAAUAUUUGUGGAGACUCUUCUAAGUUAGUUAUACUUGAGCAUGCAUUAAUAUAGAGUAUAAGGGCAUGCAAAUUCAACAAAUAAGAUAUGCCAAUAUGAGUGCAAUAUCUCAGCUUCUAGGUAAAUAAAUGUAUCUACAUAUUAUUUCUAUGAGCAAAGGUUGUGAAGAAGCCUAACUUAUUUCAUAAUAGUAAUAUGUUUUCUUCAAUUCAUCAAGGAUUGUUGGCUUUUUGUAAAGGAAGAACUUAAAGU